UUUAAACUCCAAACAACUAUGAAUUAAUAUAAUAAAAAAAUUCUUAGAUCAUGUAAACGUUUUCUUUAGUAAACUACAAGUAUAUUUUAUUAAAUUAGGCUUUAAACAUUAAAAGCAAGGGAAGGUUAUGUAUAUUUUGGCCAACUCAACGUGACAGACGUUUCACACGUCUUCCAAAAUAAAGCAGAACUUUCGAAUCUGUGCAGUAUGUUUACCAAAACUGCAUCAAGUAAUUAGUAAUUAAUAUUAAGUUAAUAUUAAUAUGAGGACCAUCAUUGUAUUCCUGGCUCUCUUCGCGACUUGCCACUGCUGGGAAAAUGAACAACUCGAAGUGUUUGAUGUGGUUGAGGAAGUCAAGGAGAAUUUCUACCAAAUGCUCAAUUUGAGCAAUAACGCAACAGGGAAAGAAAUUAAAUCAGCCUUUAGAAGGUUGUCACUAGUCCUGCAUCCUGACAAGAAUCCACAUGAAGAUGCAGCAAUGCAGUUCAGGAACUUGGUUUCAGUCUAUGAAGUAUUAAAAGAUGAGAAGAAACGCGGUUAUUACGACGAUGUCUUGAUAAAUGGUUUGCCCAACUGGAAGUCUGCAAUGUUCUACUACAGAAGAGUGAGGAAAAUUGGUAUUUUGGAAGGUGCUUUGAUUAUAUUCUUGAUUAUCACUGUUGGGCAGUAUAUUGUUGCAUGGGCAGUGUAUGCAGAAAAGAUUUACACACUUGACCAAGUUGCUAAACCCAAGGGUAAAAAGAAUGCAAAAACACAAAGUGUAGAAGCACCUGUUGUAAUUGAAACUGUUCCAAAGCCUUCAGUAUUCAAUACUUUGCCUUUCCAAAUACCAUAUUGGAGUUUCAUGUUUGUAAUCUCAAUCCCUAGUUUUGUACUAUUCACCAAAGAAUUGGUGAAUGAAAAAAUUGAAGAACGACGCGAGGCAGCCGCACAAGCACUCAAAGAUGAACAAGAAGAAGAAGAAGCUGCCGCGGAAAGCCGCACAACCGAAAAAGAAGAAAAAGUGUUUGAAAUACCAGAAGGUCCUACUUUUGAAGCAAAUUAUGGUAAUAGUAACAAUUCAGAUAGUAAUUCACCUGCGCCACCACCUGUAAGUGGUGGUUUUUGGUCAGAUGAUGAUUUAGAUGAAUUAGUACAACUUGUAAAGAAAUAUCCAGGUGGUACUCCAAAGCGUUGGGAAGUAAUCGCACAAUGUAUGAAUCGAUCUGUCGCGGAAGUCACGUUUAUGGCUAAUAGAAUGAAAGCCAAUGGAUAUACCAGACAACAGGAAGAAGAACCUGUUGUAGAAGUCAAAGUAAAAACAAAAACAAAAGGUGUUGAAGAAACUCCAUGGUCAAACGCGCAACAACAAGCUUUGGAGGAUGCUCUGAGGAAAUUUGGUAAGGAAGCCACUGAUCGAUGGGAGAGGAUAGCUGAAUUAGUUCCUGACAAAAGUAAAGAGGAGUGUAUGAUAAGGUAUAAGAGACUGGUGGCUGAAGUUAAGAAAAAGAAGGAGAAGAAGGAAGAAUAAAUGUUUUAUCAUGUA